AUGCCCUCAACAAGCCUCUGCCAAGAGGAAACAUGUCCUCCAUACAGCCUGAUGGACGACUACAGUGAAGGCGCACAUCCCCAGAUCCUCGAGGCACUGCUUCGGACAAACUCCACACAACAAGUCGCCUAUGGGGGCGAUGAAUACAGUGAUGCUGCGCGGCAACUAAUCCGCGACAAGAUCGGGUGCACCGACGAGGAAGCAGACAUUUUCUUCGUGCCCAGCGGGACAUCAGCAAAUCUGAUAUCCAUCGCUAGCUGUCUCCGGCCCUACGAAGCCGUAAUUACCGUGGACUCCGGCCAUAUUGCAAGCAAAGAGGCCGGUGCCAUUGAAGCCACGGGCCACAAGCUUAUCCUUGUCCCCGCGGUCGAUGGGAAGAUGACCCCCAAGCUUCUGCAGAAGGCGUUUCAGAACAACCAGUUCUAUCCGCAUAUGGCGAAGCCAAGACUGCUUUACCUCUCUAAUGCCUCGGAGACGGGAACGGUGUACACGAAACGAGAGCUGAGCGAGCUCUCUGCGCUGUGCAAGCAGCUCGAUUUGCUCCUUUUGAUGGAUGGCGCGCGGUUGGGAACGGCACUGUGCUCGAAGAAGAACGAUAUGACCCUGCGAGAUGUCCAUGAAUUGACGGAUAUCUUCUGGAUCGGAGGCACCAAGGCUGGUGCAUUGCUCGGCGAAGCAAUUGUCGUCAAGAAAGCGCUCGCAGAAGGAUUCAUUUUUCACCUGAAGCAGCACGGCGCUCUGCUGGCAAAGGGUCGGAUCCUGGGCGUGCAGUUCCUGGAGCUUUUCCGGUCCGAUCUCUUCUUCGAGCUGGCGACACAUGCGAAUCAGAUGGCGCAGAAGAUCUCGGCUGGUUUCGAGAAUCUGGGGUACAAGCUGUUGGCCGAAACCGAGACAAAUCAGGUGUUUGUCAUUCUACCUCAGCGACUUGUCCGGAGACUGCAGGACAGAUUCCGGUUCUAUGUCUGGGAGGAAUUGGAUGAUGGCCAGGCGGUGAUUCGGAUUGUGACGUCGUGGGCGACAGAUGAGAUGCAAGUGGACAAGUUUAAUGCGUGGGUGCAGCAGUGGACGGUGGCCUGCAAGGACAUGGAGGUCUAA